AUGGGCCGCACCUUCAUCUUCAACCCCCGCUCAAUCUGUACGCGAAACCACGCUCUUCGAUCGUUCAGCGUCUGGCGGUUUCCACCCGCGGGAAGGAGACAGGCUUCUCUGCGAGCCAAGCUCGGCGUCGCGCCGUUCUCUGCGGGCCAAAGCGGCGCACCGUUCACACCGGAACAGGUGUACGAACCGCCGUCCGUCGUGUCGCUCUUCGCCCAGGCGCUCGCGAGUGGUAUGCUGAGGAGCGUCUAUGGUCUCGGGCGGGUCGCGUUCUUUAGGACGGGGAGAGUAGCGGGCCGCAGUUGGGCGAUGCCUUGCGUUACUCGCACGGUACUGGGGUCUCGAUCUUGGGGUGGGGUGUUGGGACUACAGAGCCGAGCUCUGCUCAGGCGAUGA